AGACCGAGGAGGGGAGAAGAGGAAAAAACGCUGAGUGAGUGGAGUGGAGUCUGGGAGGGGCUCCUUAAAGAAACGCUGCCAUCGCUUGGCAUUGUGGCCAGCAAGGAACUCAAGGGGGGGAAAUCAUCGGAGCUCCUCUCGCUGUUCUUCCCCCCCACCCCACCCCCAGCCAAAAAAACUUCGGGGGGGAGUCGUGGGGGGGUGCUGAAAACAUCUUAUAAACCGGAUUGCACUGAAAAAAAAAAGAUACAAAAUAUACAAGCAAAAGGCAACUGAUCCCCGGUCUCCAGCACUCGCCUUCCCUCCCUUUCCUCCUCUCCUGCUGGCCAUCUGCCUUGGGUUUUCCUUUGUGUCUGAUCUUUUACUACUGAACCGAGUGCAGGAGGAGGAGGAGGGUGGAACACACACCGGGACUAUGCCCAGCUCGCUUUUUGCAGACAUGGAGAGGAACGGGAGCGGCGGCGGCGGAGGAGGUGGUGGAGGGGGAGAGACCCUGGAUGACCAAAGAGCCCUUCAGAUAGCCCUGGAUCAGCUUUCCCUGCUGGGGCUGGAUAACGACGAGACGAGCUCCAUCUACGACAACGAGCCUCGGAAAAAGAGCGUGAACAUGACAGAAUGCGUCCCGGUGCCCAGCUCCGAGCAUGUCGCUGAGAUAGUGGGGAGGCAAGGUUGUAAAAUCAAAGCUCUGCGGGCAAAGACCAACACCUACAUCAAGACCCCGGUUCGCGGGGAGGAGCCGCUCUUUGUUGUGACGGGCAGAAAGGAAGAUGUGGCCAUGGCCCGGAGGGAGAUCAUCUCGGCGGCCGAGCAUUUCUCCAUGAUCCGGGCCUCCAGGAACAAGAACACCGCUCUGAACGGCACCGUCCCGGGGCCCCCUAACCUGCCCGGCCAGACCACCAUCCAAGUGCGGGUGCCUUACCGGGUGGUGGGGCUGGUGGUGGGGCCCAAGGGGGCCACGAUCAAGCGCAUCCAGCAGCAGACGCACACUUACAUCGUGACCCCGAGCCGGGACAAGGAGCCGGUCUUCGAGGUGACGGGCAUGCCGGAGAACGUGGACCGCGCCCGGGAGGAGAUCGAGGCGCACAUCGCCAUGCGCACCGGGGGCAUCAUCGAGCUCACGGACGAGAACGACUUCCACGCCAACGGCACGGACGUGGGCUUCGAGCUGAACGGGCCGGGCAGCCUGUGGAGCAAGCCCACCCCGCCCAGCAUCACCCCCAGCCCGGGCCGCAAGCCCUUCUGCAGCUACCGCAACGACAGCUCCAGCUCGCUGGGCAGCGCCUCCACCGACUCCUACUUCGGGGGCGGCACCGGGGGCGGCGGCGGCGGCGGCAGCAGCGCCCGGCUGGCCGACUACAGCCCGCCCAGCCCGGCUCUCAGCUUCACCCACAACGGCAACAACAACAACAACAGCGUGUACGGCGGGGAGGCGCUCUCCUCCCCGGACUGCUGCGCCGAGCUGCCCUUCGACUCCCCGCCCGGCUUCGACCUGGCCCCCGCCCCGCCGCCCGGCGCCCCCCUGCUCUGGUCCCAGUUCGAGCGCGGCCCCGCCGCCGCCACCACCCCGUCCUCGCCCGCCUUCCCGGCCGCGGCUCCCUCCAACGCCAACCUGGCGCUGCUGGUGAGCACGCAGAGGCGGGGCUGCGUGGCCCCACCCCCGGCCCGGCUCUCCCCGCCUCUGCAUGGCAGCGGGGGCGUGGCGGAGCAUCCCCUGGCCCGGCGAGUGCGCAGCGACCCCGGCGGGGGUGGGGGCCGCUUGCUCUCCUCCGCUUCCUACCCUCUGUACGCCAACGGGCUGGGCUCGCACCUGCCGGGGCUCCCCUCCGACUCCUCGGCCUCCUCCUCCUCCUCGUCCAGCUCUUCCUCCAGCUCCUCGUGCUCUUCCUCCGGCAUGAGGAGGAAAGGCAGCCGCGACUGCUCCAUCUGCUUCGAGAGCGAAGUGAUCGCAGCCCUGGUCCCCUGCGGCCACAACCUCUUCUGCAUGGAGUGCGCGAACCGCAUCUGCGAGAAGACGGAGCCCCAGUGCCCCGUCUGCCACAGCGCAGUUACUCAGGCCAUCCGUAUAUUUUCCUAAAAAAAGUCACAAACGCAGAGCCUGGGUCUGUACUGCGUGGUGUCCCGAUUAGCUUUUAAAGCUGCAGUAUCCGCACAUUUGAAAAGGGACCUAACUUGCAGGAUUACUUUUGCAUUGAGUGUACUGUAGCGUAGGGUGGGUUAGGGGGAUAUUUGUAACAUCUGAUGCAUGCUAUAAAUAAUAACGAACGACUACAUUCUAGUACUAGACUAGUUUUUACACUGUACUUUAAUACGAAGCUUCCAAGACUUAAUUUUUUAUUUUAUUUUAAAGUAGAAAAUGCUUAUGAUGAUGAUAAUGAUGGUGU